CCAGUCCAAAAGCCACUGAAAGCACAUUUUGUGGGAUUGAUCCAAACCCUUUAACUUCAUGGCGUCCACUGAGAAUCCAGACCCCGAAACAGGAAAAGCCGAACAAACGCCGGAGAUUCCGUCGGAUUUAGCGCCGACUCCGGCGACCGCCGCCGGAUUCUUGGAUUGCCGGCAGAUCGACGUCAUCACAAGGGUUUUGCUUUUCGCAGCUACUCUGACUUCUCUCAUAGUAAUGGUGACCAGCGAGCAGACCGAGUUGACUCAGUCCUCGGGGGCUAAGUCUCCCGUCCCUGUCUCCGCCGAGUUCAACGACUCGCCUGCUUUCAUAUACUUUGUGGUGGCUCUCGUUAUAGCUAGUUUCUACAGUCUCGUUUCAACGCUCAUCUCAAUCUCUGUGCUCUCAAGGCCUGAAUUCUCCGCACAGUUCUCCAUUUUCUUGUCCUCUUUCGACGUGGUGAUACUGGGAAUUCUAGCGUCUGCGACGGGAACAGCAGGAGGAGUUGCGUACGUUGGGUUGAGAGGAAACGACCAUUUGGGUUGGAACAAGAUCUGCAAUGUCUACGACAAGUUCUGUCGUCACAUCGCCAGUUCACUUGCCCUCUCCCUCUUUGCUUCCCUGCUUCUUCUCCUUCUCUCUCUCUGCAGCUCUCUUCACAAGAAAAACCCAAACUGAAGAUCAAACCUUUGAUGCGUUUUAGUUCAUAUGCUGUCUGUGUUUUCUCUGUCGUGUUUGGUGAAUUUUGUCUGAUUUGGUCGCUGUCCUGUAAAAAAUCUCUGGCGUUGUCUCGUGUGAUGAACUUAAGAUUGUGAAGUUCAAGUGUCUAGUUGGUGGAUGCAUACACUUGUUGCUGUUC